AUAUUUUCACAACAAAAACAGACAAAAUUGAUUUUUUGUUGCGAUAAUUAUUUUUGUUUAGGGUUUUUGAUUCUCCCGCCCCGUCAUUACGUUACACAACCUCACUUUUUGCAUGUGGACAAGUUUGAAGUCUUGUGAAAGCAUGUCUCAUAUAAGAUUUAACGAAAAUGAAAGUGACUACAACCCUACAGAUUCUGACGAGGAUUAUACCGAAAACGAGAAAAUCCUUCUGAAGAAAGUGCGAAACAAACAAUCUAAAGACUCAGACAGUGAGGGGGAAGUGUUUGGGGUGGGUUCUGGCACUGACGAUGACGAUGACCAAAGUGAUAUUGCACUGAGUGACGUUGAGGAGCAAGAGGACCAAGACGAUUUGCCUGAUAUUAGGGCCUGGGGCAAAGACAAGAGGAAGUUUUAUUCAACAGACUACGUAGACCCUGACUAUGGGGGCUUCCAAGGUAAGGAUGCCCACUUGGCCGAAUUGGAGGAAGAGGAAGCAAGGAAUUUACAAAAACAGUUGGCUGAACAGCUAGACGAUGAUGAUUUUUGCUUGGAUGUGCCCACCAAAAAGGUCAUUGAGGACGAUAAACAAGUGUCGGAAGAAUUGAUCAAAAGCGACAUUUCCAAAUUAAGUAAAAGGCAAAAAUUACAAAUACUGCAAAAGGAAUCGCCAGAAUUCUUCGGACUGGUUGAAGAUUUUGAAGAAAAAAUGGUUGUCGCUCGAGACUUCCUCAAACCAGUUUUGGUUAAAUUUAAAAAGGGGCAAAUCCCCAACUGUUCAGCAAUGGAGUUUGUGGUGACUCACCACGAAUUAAUUUUAAAUUAUUGCGUUAACAUCAACAUGUAUUUACUGUUGAAAGCCUCAAGAGUUAACGUGCAAAACCACCCAAUCAUAAAACGUUUGUACCAAUACAGACAACUGUUAUCACAAAUGACGCCAGUUUUCGAAGAGGUGAUUAAGCCCCAAAUUGAGUUACUCUUGAAUGAAGAAGAAAAAGAAGUUCCGAAAAAAACAUUAAAGGUGUUGAGCACAUUGGUUAACAAAACGGAAAAGAAAGACAAGAAACCAGCAGGGAAAAAAGUCCAAUUUAAACCAGAAGUGGACGAAAAAGAAGCAACAGAUAAUGAACAGCAAAUGCAAGACGAAGAGGCAAAUGUUCCCGAGAAUGAUCCUGGCAAGAGGGCUAUAACUUACCAGAUUGCCAAAAAUAAGGGUCUCACGCCGCACAGAAAGAAGGAACAAAGAAAUCCAAGAGUGAAGCAUAGGAACAAGUUUAGAAAAGCAAAAAUACGAAGGAGAGGAGCUGUUCGUGAGCCGCGAACCGAAAUGACGAGAUAUGGUGGGGAGCUUUCCGGGAUUAAAGCAAGUGUUUCCAAGAGCAUUAAAAUUAAGACUUAAUAAAAACGCAUAUGAAACAACAA